GCGGAAAGCUGAGCUGAUGCUGAUGGCGCUACCAAAUACGUACUCGAAGGAGAAGUGGGGUGCAAAGCUAAUGGAGCUACUGUCUGGGGAAGCAGAGGAGGUCUGCGAGACCAUACCAGUAGAGAAGCUCAUCAAAGAAGGUGGGCAUGAGCUGGUCCUGAAGGCCCUAGACGAUAAGUACCAAGAGCUGGAGAAAGAUGCGCUUCAUAAGCACUUAACUGAGUACUUCUAUGGCGUGAGCAUCAAGGGCGGCGAGACGUACCGGAACCUGAUGGUGCGACUGGAAACGAGUUACCGAAGGCUCCAGGAGCACAAAGUCGAACUUCCAGAAGAAGUGAGAGGAUGGUUUCUGCUGCGCAAGUUGGGAGUUGAAGCCACGGCCGAAGCGAUGAUCCUGACUCAUACGAAGGGAUCUUUGAAAUAUCCAGAAGUUAGCAAGGCUGUGCAGGACAUCUUCCCACAAGGGUUUGCCAAGAACACGUCGAGCAAGGUCAAGGAAGUCUUCGAGGUGGACAACGACACCGAGGCGGCUACCACGACGGAAGAGGACGACGUGAACGAGGUGUACCAGGCGGUGGCAGAUCAAGUGCAGAACAACCCGGAGUAUGAUGACGAGGACGCACUUGACGUCUUUGAGACUUACAAGGAAGUGCGGAAGCAGGUUCAGCAACGUAAAUUGGGUCGCGGCUACAAGCCGUACGGCCAACGACCGGAGUGGACGUUGACUGGAACAGUGAAAGGGCGCAUCGAGCAAUUGAAGAUGAAGACGAAGUGCCAUGGCUGUGGCGAGCGAGGACACUGGAAGAAAGAGUGCCCAAAAAGGAAGUCCGCAGGCAGUGGCACAGUCAAGGAAGCGAUGGUCGCUGACGAGUUCCAGGACACGGCGAAGAGCCUCGAGCAGGAGUUUUUCUUAGAUGAGGAGAACAUCGACCAGCUGGAGGUGUUCCUAGCCGAACAAGAUGGCCAACUCGACGUGGUGGUGGCCUCAAAGGGCGAAAGCUUGAACGAUGAUGGAGAAGUGAGGGGGGACUUUGAGCAAGGGCUCAUGAAGUUUUUUUCCAUGGCGCAUGACUCAGACGCCAAGUCGAGCGAGGCAUACAUGGCUGAUCUCGCGAGUCACGGGGUUCCAGACACUGCUUGCAGGAGGACUCUGAUAGGUGAGUCGGUGUUAAGUAAGAUGUCUGAUGUGCUUUCUGAGUCAGGGCUGAGGGUUCGUGAGAUUGACGAGGAGCAUGAGUUUCGUUUCGGUAAUGCUGGGGUGCUUCGUACCACGAAAACAGCCUUGAUUCCGAUCAGUUUGGGCGGCAAGCGGCUAGCAAUUAAGGCAGCCGUGUUGCCACAAUCUGGUGCACAGACGCCACUGCUUCUCUCUAAAGAACUUAUGAGAGGGUUGAAGGCUAAGAUAGAUUUGGAGAAUGAUCGGUUGGUGGUUGGUAAGUAUGGGGUUGUGAUACCUUUGAAAGAGACUGAUCGGGGCCACUAUGCACUACCGCUUUUCGAGGGCUUCAAGAAGCACAAGGACCAAGAGGGCGUGAGCACGACCGUUUCUACGAAGCAUGCACAGACGCUUGAGGUGAAUGCCGUGGAGAACAAGAGUGUUCAAGCCUUCCGUUCCUUAGAGGACGACGUGCCGAUGAUCUCCGAGCUCGUCGUGAAGACGCCCCUGGUGGAGAGGCUUGUGGCCGACCUAGCGCCACAGCUACAGGGAGGAACGGAGUCAGCGACGCUGGCUGCGACGAUCUUAGACGCAGCGUCAGAUCACAGCGACGACGAGCCAGAAGGGCUCGUCAGCGGGCUCUCAGGCGAUCUGGUGCUGAAUGUGGGGAAGUACGAGAAGCUGAAGAUGGCAAUGAAGUUCAGCACAGCGUACUGCAGCGACAAGAAGUACAUCGCCUGGGUCAGGAAGUUCAUAAAGGACAAGGAGUCGAAGUCAGGAAAGUCGGAAAACCAUCCGACAAUGGGGCUCUUUCGUCUCUACAUCGAGCUUCGCGAUCAGGUGAAGAGCCGCCGCAUUCGGACAUCAGCGGCACCGAGGCGCAGUCCUAUGGCGGGCUAUGCAAGCAGCAGUCAGGCGCCACUGAUGCCGACGACCGGGCCAAUGUCAAAGGCCAAAAGCAAGAGCCGAUCGGCACCGACACCAGCAACGUCACAGCACGAGUGGUCGACGGCAAUGCCGCAGAGCGAGUGGUUGGUGAUGCCGAGUGCCGAGCCGGAGCCAGUGGAUGCAGCCCAGGCACGGCGCAUGAAGAUUCAGCAGAAGAUCGAGGCACUCACCCACGAGCUCGAGGCCUUGGACGAGCUAGCGGACCUGUGA